GAUGCUGUCAGAUAUUUCCAACAAGGCGACAAUUUCAAGGACGAAACGAAACACCUUUGUUUCUUCAAUAAUUGCAACUUUAAGUUUAACAUAUUUCACUCGUGUCUAAAAAGUUGGACCAUUUUGCAAAUACCGAUUCUAGUGAACGACAGAGUUCUCCCAUCUUCUUGUUCUUUUCCACCAUGAACAAGUUCAGAAAUCUUUCACUAACACUGCUAUUAUAUCACACGUGUGUCUGCCUAUGCACUCAGUCAAUCUCCACCGUUGAAGUCGACGAUGGGACUAAUAACCAGCAUCAUCACCGGUCCCGAUCGACCGUCACUCUCCGGACCAGACCGGAGAAAUCUCUGCAGUUCCGGCAAGGUGCACCGUUCAAGAUAGCUCUGUUUGCCGAUCUUCAUUUUGGAGAGAGCGCCUGGAGCGAUUGGGGGCCUCGCCAAGACGCGAACUCGGUAAGAGUCAUGUCCAAUGUACUUGACUGUGAAACCCCAGAUUUUGUAAUUUAUCUGGGAGAUGUGAUAACAGCAAACAAUAUGGGAGUAGCAAAUGCAAGCUUGUAUUGGGAUCAAGCAAUUUCUCCAACGAAAGCCAGGGGAAUACCAUGGGCAACUGUGUUUGGGAACCAUGAUGAUGCACCAUUUGAAUGGCCUAUUGAGUGGUUUUCAACCCCUGGGAUUCCCCAAAUUCGUUGCCCUCUUGCCAAUUCUUCUUGUCCAGGGGAGGAAGAGUGUAGCUUCAGGGGUACAUCUCGUUUGGAGUUGAUGAAAAAUGAGAACAAGCAUAAUGUAUUAUCACAUUCUAGAAGUGGCCCCAAAGAGCUUUGGCCAAGCGUGUCCAACUAUGUACUCCAACUCUCAUCAUCAGACGAUCCAGAGUCACCUGUGGCAUUCUUCUAUGUAUUGGACUCUGGUGGUGGCUCCUAUCCCCAAGUUAUAUCAAGUGCUCAAGUAGAAUGGCUCAACUCUACAACUCGAAACAUCAACCCUGACUCAAGGGUGCCUGAGGUAGUUUUCUGGCAUAUACCAAGCAAAGCAUACAAGAAAGUGGCUCCAAUAUUUGGUAUACACAAACCAUGUGUGGGUUCAAUCAAUAAAGAGAGAGUUGCUACUCAAGAAGCUGAAACGGGCAUGAUGAAACUUCUUGUUGAAAGGCCUUCUGUCAAGGCAGUGUUUGUUGGUCACAACCAUGGUCUGGAUUGGUGCUGUCCAUACAACCAGCUCUGGCUUUGCUUUGCUCGGCACACCGGAUAUGGUGGCUAUGGAAGCUGGGCUAGAGGAUCUAGACUUGUGGAAAUCAGUCAACAUCCUUUCUCUAUCAGAUCUUGGAUAAGAAUGGAGGAUGGACAUGUACACAGUGAAGUUGUCCUCACUCCCUGAAGUGAUUCCACUUUAUUAUUUUGUAACAAAAACAAGUAGACAUGCAAAUAAAGUAUAAUUAGGUACCAAUUUUUGGUACUAUCCAAGUAA